UACAAGCAAUAGAAUGUUUCCGCAAUGGACGUUAAUCUUCCUUCUCUCUCUCAUUGUUAUCCACCCCCUUCAUAUCUCGGCAAAGACAUGGUGUGUCUCAGCAGCAUCAGCAGUAGAUGCACAACUACAAGCUAACAUUGAUUGGGCAUGCACCAUAGGAACAGUUGAUUGUGCAAAAAUCUAUCCUGGUGGACCUUGCUAUGAACCAAAUACUCUUACUAGCCAUGCAUCAUUUGUGAUGAAUGAUUACUACCAAUUGCAUGGGGCCACUGAAGAGGCGUGUGAUUUCAAUCAUACUGGUCAAAUCAUUAAUGCUAAUCCAAGUUAUGGUCGUUGUAGGUAUUCAUAGAAAUAUUACAUGGGUUGAUCCGUUGAUGACUGA